AGUGAAAUAAAACAUUCCAUUUAUGCGUCAGUGUUAGCUAUUGGCCCAUAUAAUAGUCGUUUUGAGGUUUUAUCGAAAAUUAGGCGAUCAGAUGCAAAUCCUGGCAGUAAGGAUUAUUUGGACAGGCAGAAUACGUGUAAAUUUCAACUUCCUAUCGAACAGUCACCUUCAUUUAGAAGUUAUUAUAUUCCGAAUGGUAUACGCUGACGCUGGAGAUAGAACUCACCACCUACCGGGAUAAAGAUCCAUUCUUUCCUCUUCAUCCUCACGAAGUACCUGAAAUAGACAGUUACGUACCUGACUCACUCUUAGAACUAUACCAAAUCAGGAAUGAUGAUGGUGAUGUCACUAUAAAAGUUCAGAAUAAUGAAUUUAAAAUUCAUAAAAAUGUAUUGAAGACUCGAUGUCCUGCAUUAAAUGAAUUGAUCGGUGAUAGUAAUUUAUUAGCUCUUGAGGAUAUCAAACCUCAAGUAUUUGAGAUGGUAGUAGAAUAUCUCUAUACAGGAUACGUCCUUAAUACUAAUGAUCGACUUGUUGACAAUGCUGAGUGGUUAUUAGAAGCUGGCCACCGAUUUUAAUUAGAAUCUCUGCAAAAUAUCUGCAUGAGACCUUUAGCUGAGUAUUACAUCGUAAAAGAUAAUGUAAUUGAUGCUAAAAUUUUAGCGAUUCGCUGCAAAUGUCAACCUCUUAAUGAGUACCUUUGGAAUUUACACGUAUCUACUUUAAUUCAUAAAUUUCGAUUCCCGAAGGAAAAUAUGAUAUCUAACGAAGAAAUAAUGAGAUGGGACUCAUUAAGAAGUUUGGGGUGGAAUAUUCACUAUCUGGAGGAGGAAGUAAAAGAACGAGGAUAUGAACUAUGGGAUUUAUACGAAAGUCAAGGACUAUGA